ACCUGACCGACGUAAAUGAUGGAUAUUGAGAUUUUAAGUCCCUAAAAACAAUAAUAGAUUUUUUAACUUUAAAAUAUAAUGUGUUUAGUUUGCUAGUAUAUGUCCAACUCACCUCUUCCCAGACUCCUAUGCAUUUUUCUAAAACAGGAAGAUUCGUAUAAAAGAAAAUUAAUGUUUCUGUAAAUGAAUGAUCCUUUAUUUUAAUAAUUUUUAAAAUUACACAUUUAAUUUUUUUUUUGCUAACUAAGCCAUUUUAGAUAUAUAUAUAUAAUCAAUGUUAAAUCAAUUUAACAGUUGAUUUUUAUGUAUCUAAGACGGUUUAAUAAAAAAGAAGUUUAGAAUAGACAAUUUUACAUUUAGAGAUUAAAAUUUACUUAGGAAAGAAAAUGGCUAGAUCUUCCAAAAAGUUUUAAAAAUGUUUUUAGGACCAAAACUCUAAACCCUCUCUCAAAAUCUAAAUCAUAAUUAUUGAUUAGUGUAGUUAAUCUUAGGGAUAAAAAUAUGUUUGCUUCUUCAAUGAAACAUAAUUUGAUCACUUUGAUCGUUGAAACUAUUUUUGUGAUAAAAAUUUUUUUAGUUAUAUCGUAAAGUAUUUCUAAAAAAGUUGUUUUGAAAUGUCUGAAUUUUUAGUGGAUUUCUCUCUUACCCAAAAAAUAAUAAUUGUUUUUUACUUGGUUAGUUAUUUAAGACCAAAUUCUAGAUCAAUUAUUAUAAUAAAUACUAGGAGUACAAAUUGGUAUUCAUAAACCAAUUAAGAAUAUGGGUAGUUUCAAGUUUACCACAAUUUUGAUAUUACUUUUCAAGUUUAACCUUAAAAGAUAAUCAUUUUUAUAAAUAAUUUAAGUUUGUUAUGAUAAAAAACUAGACCAACUCUAAUAAAUUAUCAAAAAUUAUUUAUAUAACAUUUAUAGAAGUUUAUAAAUCUAAUCUCACCCCCUAAAUAAAAAACAAUAAAUCAUAAACCCAAAUGUUAAAAUAUUUUUGAUUAAACUUAUUUUUGAAAAGUGGUAGCUAACUUAUGACAUUUCAAGUAAUUUAUCUUACGAAUAUGAUUAUGGUUUAUCCAUUAAGAUUAGGCUUUUCUAAUUAGGAUUUUCAGUCUUAUUUACUAUAAAUACUUAUGAUGCACGACUUUGUAACUCAGCCCAUUCAUCAAUAAACGUCAAGUUAUGUGCAAGCAAAUCGUGUAUCAUUGAUACUUUAUCCCUUGUUUCAUCCGUUAACACUUUAAAGUUUUUACACACAAAAAAAGAAUCGUCAUAAGUGUUAUUCAGAGGUACAAACGAGGUUACAUUCGUAAACUGUUGAACUCUAAAUAACAUAAGAUAUUUCAAAAUCUUUGUGUGGAGAUCUUCAAGCGUGUAAAAGCCUUAAAAGCUCUAGGAUUUCGCCCUCAUCCAUCUUUGAUAUUUUUGGAUGAGAUUUCAAACCAAGACCGCACAAGAUGUAUCAAAGCUCUUUGAGCUUCACUGAAACCGUAUCAUCUUGGGAUGAUCCCCAACCGUGAUCUGAAAAAUAUUGUGACAUAGCGCAUCAUAUGGACGCAGACUGAUACAUGUUAUAUCCCUAGCUGAAGAUAUAUUUAGACAAUGUUUUCUUUUUUCAUACUUUUGACUCUCGCCUUUUCUUGUCUACUUUCAUACUUUUGACUUAAUGUGCAAAAACCAAUUAUAAACCUACUGAAAGGUAGAAUUAUAGUCAAAGAUUGAUCAGAAAUCUCUCCCUAACUUAUGCACAUCACUCAACUAACCCAUUUCUCCUUCUUUUUAUAAUUAUAUCCAAUUAUGAAUUAGUAAUGAUACCAUACGCACCACUCGAGGGCCCAUAAUCAUCUUUUUUAAUGCGUUUUCCUAUAAAUAACAAACAACAUUAAGAUCACAUUCAAAGGCAAACUAAGGAGUGCAGAGGGUAUUUUACCAAGCAAAGACGAAUGGCCGUGAAGCUCAAUUACCUCUUUCUUUUCGCGUACAUUGUUCUUCUUAUUUCAGAGGGAAAUGCUACUAAUGCGCCCCUGACGAUGCCCACAAAGGUAGCUACCGCAGGAGGACGGGAUGGGAAAGCGGGUAGGUCGGAAUGGCUAUACGUAGCAGGAGAGUGUGCAAAAUUACCACUUUGCAACAAAUAUUGCGUUUCCAACGGGUUUCGUCUUGGUGGGUUUUGUAAAAAAUUGUCCCCUCAAGCUUCUUCUCUUUCUUGUGUUUGUAAAUACACCUAAGUUAAUUAACAACAAGUUCCUUUUCUUUCUUUUUGUUGUUGAGAAAAACAAUAAAAGUGUUGUUGACAAUGUAAGCCUUGUUGGUCCCUUCUACCGUUCUACGUAUGUUUUAUGGUUUCGAACUUGUAAGUCUGGUAUUGCUUUGUGAUUUGAUAAUUUCGUUUAAAAAAAUAAGAUCCUGAUUUAGCCUAUAA